GAUUUCUGCACAUUGAAAUUAGAUUUUGAACCUGGUACAUCAUGUAGAUCAAGGACAUUACCAGCGCACAUCUAAACGGAUGUGGGCGGGGCAAAACAACUAUAAUCCGAAUGAACCGACUGAAGACCUUAAGGCAUUUGAACGUCGUCUUCGUGAAAUCAUCAACGGCUUAGGUCCAAAAGCAUUUAAAUGGCGAAUUAUUUUGUCUGUAGCUGUACUAAUGUUAUUUUGCUCCGCAUACUGCUGGCUGAUUGACCCUGUCACUUACCAAGCCGGUUUUAUUGGUUCAUUAGAAAAACACCCAGAAUUUGUAUUUAGUCUUUUACUCCUCAUGAUUCUUUUCUUUAUGGGAGCACAUAAAAAAGUAGUUUUACCAAGUAUCAUAGCUCAUCGCAGUCGAAUUGUAUUAGCAGAAUAUAAUAUGGCAUGUGAUAACUCCGGGAAGCUCAUUUUAAGACCCAAACCUAAUCUCUAACUAACUGUGUAAAAAUGCAUCGUGUACAUAAUGUAAAAAAUCAGCCGUUAAGUCUUUCAUCAUAGUUCACUUCGGAUCAUAUGGAUCUAUAUGGUCGUACUAAAUAAUGGUCAUUCAACGGAUGAAAAGAAACAAUUAAAUUCAGAUUUUCGAGUCUAUUAUUUCAAUUUUCGUAUGGUGAAAAUUUCGCAAGUAUCAAAUUCAUAUUUACAUUUUAGUAGACUUGUUUCUUGUUAUUUUCACCACCUUUUCCCAAACAUGUACCAAAUUAUGUGAUUACUCUAUCAAAUGAUUGAACUGAGAAACCUAAUGUUAAUCUGCUUGUAGAACUAUUGAUUGGAAAAUAUAUUUUUCAGAAUUCA